AUGUAUAAAUAUAUAAUUAUAUGUUUAUGUGUCAGUCUCAGUGGCGCUGUAGGUGACCUUAACAAAAAUGAAGGUGAGCCUUGUGAGUGGGAUGGUGUUAAGGGGCAGUGUGUGAAGGAGUCCAGAUGUCUUACCACCCUAGACACCCGUGGGGAUAAACACUUAGUAUGUUCCAAGAAAGGCGAUGUGAACAUUAUUUGCUGUACUGACUGUUCGCUGGUAAAUGAUACGAGGAACGUCGUAAUGAGUCCACAGACUGGUUUCUUCUGGAAGGAUGGAACUAAGGCUAGGGACGCUUGCCUCCAGUACUUGGACAGCUUGCCAUAUAGAUGCCGUGAUGGCGGGUUCUACUCCGGCAUCAGCAAAUCGUACGAUGAGAAGAAUAAAUGCCAUGCUAUAGGUCUGUGGGGAAUUGGGGGAGCCCCUUCACCAGGAUAUGAGCCUGGAGCUGAAUAUCCUCAUCAGGCAUUGCUAGGCUUUGGAGAUAGUUUAGAGACCGCCAAGUGGCUGGCAGGAGGUUCCAUCAUCAGCGACAGAUACAUCCUGACUGCGGCCCAUGUGAACAGCAACACACACUUGAAUAGACUGCAGUUUGUUGCUUUGGGAGUGAAGAAGCUAUCGGAUCCUCCAUCCUCCUGGCAGGUGCACAGAGUGAAAAGAUUCAUCCCCCACCCGGAUUAUAAAGCCCCCCGCAAAUAUCACGAUAUCGGUUUAAUUGAGACUGAAAAUCAGAUUACCUUCAACAAGGACGUACUACCAGCUUGUCUCCAUGUGACAGCUGUUGAGGACAGCACUGCCAUUACGACUACUUGGAGGGAUUUGAAGAAGGACUACAGUCAAUUCGCAGACACUAUUCAAACAAUUAAUCUGGAGAAGUUUACUGAAGAUGAAUGUAAAUCAGCGUAUUCAUCUCACAGACUGUUGCGUGAAGGUAUAAAUUACAGCACCCAAAUGUGUUAUGGAAGUAAAACACAAGCGCCAGAAGCAUGCAAGGGUCUGUCUGGGGAACCGCUACUGGUGAAGAAUCAAUUCUCCCGCUGUAUCUACGCCAUUAUAGGAAUUACAUCAUUCGGGUCUUCACGCUGUGACAGUUCCGCAUUACCUGAUGUAUUCACCAGGGUGGCUUACUAUAAACCCUGGAUUGAAGAACAGGUUUGGGGGUAG